AUGGCGGAGACAGAGAUCGUCGUGAUCGCAGCCCCGAGCGCGCCGGUCCAGAAGAUGACGCGCCGUCGCGAGCGUCGCAAACGCAAUCGCAAGACGCCGGCUGACAAGCCAGCCCAAGCAAAGAAGCACGGCAAGGUGAAGCCCGCCUUGGAGCACGGCGCCGACGUCGUCCAGCGCCAGCGGCCGAGCAGGCUGCCGUUGCCACAUGCUGCCGGCCAUCGCGACAUCAUCGAGCAUUGCGUCGACGGCGUGUACCACGUGAUCACGCACGAGCAGUUUUACCGAGCCGACGACAGCACUGCACCGCGCGAGUCGACGCCCAUGUUCCACGUCAAGUGCGUUCUCGCUGAGCCCAACGCGGCGGCCAAGUACUUUGACGCUGGACAUUGGCGCAACCUCACGCUCGUCUCGAUCUAA